CAUUAUUUUCUUCAUUGCCCAUCUCCAUUCAUAUCCUUGAAUCGAAAAUAUCGUAUGGAUAAUGGAAUGGAUCAAUGACUCAAAUUCAUCAAAAUCCAGUCGAACAGUGUUAACCAUAUUCAGUCAUAAUGUUGUGACGUAACAAAAUAAACACAUUCCAUAAAAAGAAAGUGCUCAAGUGAAAUUAUUUCAAACCCGCUUUGGUUUUGCUUACCUCAACUUAACACAUAAAGACUAAUGGGGAUGCAGUAAGAGAUGGAGCCCCCCUCCUACAACAGCCACACUUCAAAGGGCAAGCCAACCAAAGAGAAGUUCCUUCCCAGAGCCGAGGUGAUCAGGUCCAAACUCAUCCAGAGCUUCUAUCUGCUAGACUGGUUACAGGAAGAGCAGAGAGGAAGCCCUAAAUACUGCACCAGUGAUGUUUUAGACAAGGAGAAGUACACCAGUUUGAUGGGGAAAGACUCACAUCAGCUGGUGCGCUUUGAGGUCUCCCCCCGAAGAGGCCACACCAUCACGAUGGAGUGCCGUCGCCAGGGACGACUGAAGACCCGCUACGCCAAAUAUCCGCCCUUGAACAUGUUCGCCCACUGGAUUCUAGAGAGUAAAAUAUUUACGCAUAUGAUGGUCAUUCUCAUCAUUCUAAACACCGUUGUAUUGGAGAUACAAGCAGAGGUGUUUGACAACAUGGACCCCAAUUUGGAGAUACUGAAGCUAAUCCUGGAAAUGAUGGACAGAUACAUCCUGGCCAUGUUCUUAGUGGAGUUCAUACUGAAGUGGAUGGAUGACUUCUGGAGCUUCUGGAAAAGCACCUGGAAUAUUCUGGAUUUGGCCACUACCUUACUGUCAAUUAUACCAGAGAUCCUGAAGCUCUUCAAAUCAGUGAGCACUGCCAACUUGGAGAUUGUGACCCUCCUGAAAAAGUUUCGGAUUCUCCGCUCCUUGAAGCUUGUCUCAAAGUUCAGACAAACUCGUCUUAUCAUUUUGGCAGCAUUGAAAGCUUUCAAGGCCAUGACUUUUAUAUUCUUACUCCUGCUGAUGUUUGCUUAUAUCUUCGCUGUGUUCGGAGUCGCCCUGUUCGACAGUUACAGCCGCUCCAACGUGGAGGGCCUGGUCUACAACAUGUACUUCAAAGAUUUGUAUAACUCCUUCAUCACCCUCUUCAUCCUGUUUACCACGGAUCACUGGUAUGCGCUGCUCGCAGACACCCGCAAAGUUCCUGAACUGAACCAAACCAUCAGUGGCCUGUACAUUAUCCUGUGGCUCAUCAUUGGCUCCUUCAUGUUCAGUAAUAUCUUUGUGGGUAUUAUGGUGAAUAACUUCCAGGCAAUCCGGAGGGACCUCUCUAAAGAGGUCCAUCAGAUCGAGAUCCAGGCCAAAGCUGAUCACUUUAAAGCAGAGAUCAUAAACAGGAGGAUAAGUCAUUUGAAAUUGCCUGGACUGAGCAAGGUGGCAAAUGGUUGUGAAGAGUCACUUUCCUCUGAGGAUCUUCUCAAACCUAGAAGCUCUAACAUUCCUGAAAAAGAUUGGGAGUUGUAUGUGGAGGAGAACAUGACAGUAAUGCAGGAGCAGGAGGAGGACGAGAAGGUGACCUGGCCCCGGGACUCCCUCUUCAGGUACUUUGAGCUCCUGGAGAUGCUGCAGCACAACCUGGAUGAGAGACAGAGGCUGCAGAACGUGGCAGUCCAGGCUUGGCUAAAUCUUCACGACACAUAGGACUCAUCAUCCUCAUCUCCAUCCGUUCCUACGAUCCAGCAUAUUUUGAAGAAAAAUAAAGCAAGUCUUUCAUCUGCCAUGGACUGUAGUCAUGUUCAAUGAUGAAUCUACAGUUUGACCUUAAGAGUUCUAGAUAAUGUGGAGGGCAGACAGGGGCGGGUAUGUUCAUUUUGGGGCCCCAACCAAACCUCAUUGUAGGAGCCCUCACCUAUAUCACUACCAAUUCAGCAUUAACACAUACACCAGUGUCUGCCGAAGUCCAAUGUCAUUAUAUGCAUGAAUGGGAGACAGUAUCGCCAGUUCAUUUGAACUAAAGUGUUUGCUAGUAAGCUACAAUAGGAGAGUGAAAUACAUUUUCUUACCUUCCAGACAUUUUUACUUCAAUUUUUUCAUAUUCAAGGAUCUUUGGACCCUCUGUUCAACCGAGUUAAUUUGCUAAACCAUUCAGACAUUCUCAAAACAUAUAGAAGUAGGUAUGUCCAGUGCUGCACAUCCAGAGCCGUGUAAUUGUUUUAUUUUGCCAGAUUUCAACUGUUCUUCUAAUUGAUUUUCUCUCAGUUUUAUAUUUUCUCUCUGUAAUUCUGUCCAAUAAAAUAUGGGACAAUGUCA